UGUAACAUAGAAAUGUCCACUGAAAACAAAGGCUGUUUGUCAGCGUUAUGUGACAGAAGCAGCUCACACGCACACACACGCGCACCGUCCCUGCUGUUCUUUGUGAUGGAAACUGAGGCUGAUGUCUUCUACCGGCAGCUUCCUAAAGUGGAGCUUCACGCUCAUCUCAACGGGUCCGUGAGCUCUCACACCAUCGAGAAGCUCAUCAAGACCAAACCUCAUCUGAAUAUUGAGCACAACAUGACCGCCAUCGGCAAAGGACAGAGUAGGACUCUGGACGAGUGUUUUCAGUACUUCAAGGUCAUCCAUCAGCUGGUGGACACAGAGGAGGACAUCCUCAUGGUGGCCACAGAUGUGAUCAGGGAGUUUGCAGCUGAUUCUGUGAAAUACCUGGAGCUCAGAAGUACACCGCGAGAGGAGAAAAACACAGGAUUGACAAAAAAGGGAUAUAUUGAAACUGUCCUCAGAGCCAUCCAGCUGUGUAAAAAUGAGGGACUGGACAUUGAUGUCAGGUUCCUUGUGGCGAUUGAUCGCAGGAAUGGGCCACAGGUUGCCAUGGAGACAGUGGAGCUGGCUGAGGAGUUCAUGCUUUCUUCUGAUGGUGUGGUUGUGGGAAUCGACCUGAGCGGUGAUCCAACGGUAGGCGAUGGAAAAACAUUCCUUCCAGCUCUAGAGAGGGCCAAGAACUGUGGACUGAAAUUGUCCCUGCACCUCUCAGAAGUGGCGGCCCAGCUGGAGGAGUCAGAUUUGCUGUUGAAUCUUCCUCCGGACAGGAUCGGCCACGGGACCUUCUUGCAUCCUGAAGUGGGAGGAUCUCAAAGCCUGGUGGACAAAGUGCUUAAGAACAACAUUCCACUGGAGCUGUGCCUGACUUCAAAUAUUAAAGGACAAACUGUGCCAUGUUAUUCCAAACAUCACUUUAAAUACUGGUACCAGAUGGGGCAUCCAAGUGUGAUUUGUACUGAUGACAAGGGGGUGUUCUAUACAGACUUGUCUCAGGAGUAUCAGUUGGCAGCUUCCACGUUCGGCCUGAGCCGAGAAGCCGUGUGGAAGCUCUCCCAGCAGGCCAUCGAUUGCAUCUUCGCACCAGAGACGGUGAAACAGCAGCUCAAACAGAAGUGGACUAUUUUAAAGCCACAAGUGCUCCAGUGACCUGCUCAGUGGAGCCGAAGACUUCAUCUAUAUACCUCAGGUUUCCGUUUGAAAGAAACAAACAUUUUCAUUAACUUUUUACAAUAUUUUGUAGAAAUCAUGACAUAAGAAAUGACUUAUAAAACUACAGUUAACAAAUGUUUAAAAUAGGUGAAAGAAAACAAUACUUAUUUAGUACAAGUGUGAAGUGUGUUCAUUUGUCUUUUCUGUUGUUGAACGCAAAACAAAAUAUGAAAGCAACAGACUUGUGAUGACAUAAUGUGAAUGGUUGAGCCGAGGUCAAAGAAAGUCCCGGAUAAAAAAAAUAAAAUAAUGAAUAUCCAGUC